CCGGCACCCCUGGGACUCCCCGGCACCCCUUGGAGCACCCCCGGCACCCCUGGGGCUCCCCCGCUCUGGCCAGCGCCCAUCCCGCCUGCCCUCGCCCCGGCUGUGCCAGGGAGCUCCAGCCCUGGGAACCUGCCCUAUUUAAAUAAGAUAACGUGCGUUCAAAACACCGAAUCCUGGCGAGCUGACAGCGUCUGUCUAAAUAUUUAUCCCAGUUCCGAUCAGGCGCUGUGUUCCCAUGACAGCGCCAUUAGCACUUGGCAUAUUUACGGCCUUCCUGGGUGCCGGGCGCCCCGUGCUGCGUGCCCAGGGGCCACUGACCCGCCCCGCUGAGUCCCCUCUGUGGCUCCCUGUGCACGCAGCGGUGACCCCUGGGCUGGCAGCCAUCUCCAGCCUGGCACAUCCCUGCUGGGCCGUGCAGGGGCUGCCAGGAGUAUCCCGGGCCGGGCAGGAGCCGCAGCGCCACGCGGUACCUUGUCCGUGCUGGGAAGGGAGCACAGGGAACAGCCUGCUCCCCAAAAACCGCCUCCUGCUCCUCCUCCUGCCCGCGGGCACCGAGGGGCUGGGCACCCGCGGGCACCGCGCCAUGGGGAGGGCGCAGGGAUGCUCCAGCUCCCUCCUGCGCGUCGCUGUCCUGCCCUGUCACCUGUCCUUGCCGGGGCCCCGGUGCCACCGCUCUGGCGACACAAACGAAACCCUCAUCGGCCAUCAGCUGAGCCGCUUGGGCUCCCGCGGCUGCCAAAAUCCGCUUUUCACUUCCCCCGUCUGCCGGCGCUGAAUUUCACCCUGAGCCGGGGUGUGUUCGGGUGGCGGCUGACCAGGAGCGCUGGCGGGAGGCGCGUUCCGCGGGGGGAGCCCCGCUGCCCGGUCCGGGCCUCACCGGACACCCCCGAACCGGAGAAACUGCGGAAAGAAAGGGCAGAAGGGCUGCCCGCGGGCGGCUCCCGGGAGGAUCCGUGCUGCCUCCCGCACGGCCCCUGCGGGUGCCAAGGGGGUCCGGGCUGCCACCUUCACCCCGCCGGUGCCAUCAUCCCCGGAGCAGCCCGGUGCUGCCGUGUGCCUGGGUGGUUCCCGAUCCCCUCUUUCCUACCCGCAGGGAUGCACCGUGCCCAGCCCGUGAUGCCACCCCAUCCAGCCGCCCUGUGACACGGCCCCUGGCUCGGAGGGGAGCCCCGGUGGGGACCGGCCGUGCAGCCACCGCCCUGCUCGCUCCGGCACCGGCCUCACCCGCGCAGGCAGAGGCGGAGCUGGCCGCUGGCCCCGCGCUGGGGCACACGAGAGAUCCCGGAGAUGGCCUUCCAGAGGAGCCACCGGCUGAACCUGCUGCGCCUCGUCGUGCUGCUCCUCGUGGCCCUGGCCGGCAUCAAAUUCCUCUUCCGUGACAGCUUUACCCUGGAGCUGCACAAGCACGCCAGCAAGGACAGCGGGUUCUGGGGGGACACGGGUGACGUCGUCCAGGACAUCAUCCCCCAGAGCCAGGUUCUGGAGGUCCCUGCGGCAAAGGUAACGGCCCCAAAGCAAAAGCAGCAGGUCCCCAGGGAUGUCAGUGCCACCGAGAUGAGGCUGGUCCACCUGGACCUCAAGGGAGCUGCGCCCAGAGUCUCCUACCUGGAGCAGGUGUUCCCCCUCCUGUCCCAGCUGGGAGCCAACGGCGUCCUCAUCGAGUACGAGGACAUGUUCCCCUUCAAGGGGGAGCUGGAAAUCCUCAGGUCCCCGUACGCUUACAGCGAGGAGGACAUCGAGCGGAUCCAGCAGCUGGCGGAGCAACACAAGCUGGAGGUGGUUCCCCUGGUGCAGACCUUCGGCCAUGUGGAGUUCAUCCUCAAGCACGAGAAGUACCAGCACCUGCGGGAGGUCGAGCGCUUCCCCAACAGCUUCAACCCCCACGUCCCCGAGACCCUGGCCCUGCUCAAGAGCAUCCUGUCCCAGGUGAUCGAGAAGCACCGGCGCUCCACCUGGAUCCACAUCGGCGCAGACGAGGUUUUCCAUCUCGGGGAGGGGAUGGACUCCAAGAACUGGAUGAGCCGCAACAAGGGCGAUGUGGGGACCAUGUACCUGAAGCACAUCAAGGAGGUUCUGGGCUUCCUCACGGCGCAGUACUGGGGGCUGCGGGUGCUCAUGUGGGACGACAUGCUGAGGAAGAUCAGCGUGGGAGCGCUGCGGGAGUCCGGGAUAGCCAAGCACGUCUCACCCGUGGUGUGGUUCUACGCGCCCGACUUCGAGGCUGAGCAGAUCGUGCCGUUCCUCACCAAGUACGUGGAGAGCGGCUUCGAGGCUGUUUGGUUCGCCAGCGCCUUCAAGGGCACCACGGGGCCGGCGCAGGCCUGGACCCCGCUGAGCUACCACCUGAAAAACCACCUGAGCUGGCUGAAGGUGAUGCAGGCUGUGCCACGGCUGGCCCCGCUGCGCCUGCAGGGCGUCGUGCUCACGGGCUGGCAGAGGUACGAUCACUACUCGGUGCUCUGCGAGCUGCUGCCCGUCAGCAUCCCCUCGCUGGCCAUCUGCCUGCAGACCCUGGUGAACGGGGGCUUCACAGAAGAGGCAAAGAGGAAGGUCCUGGAUGUGCUGGGCUUGGAGAGCGUGCAGCUGGAGCAGAGCACCUGCGAGGGCAGGGGAGCGUUCCCUGGUGUGGAGAUCUACCACAUGGUGGAGCAGGUCAAUGGCCACCUGAAGGACAGCAUCCUUAAGGCACUGGAGGAGGAGAGUGCCAUCAAGGGCUGGUUCAGCCCCUACCACCGGAAGCGCCACUUUGGGAACCCCCGCAACAUGGAGAGCUUUGGCAGCAAGGCUCCAUGAUGACUGGGAGAGCUUUGUCCGUGACCUGCGUGCCCAGCUGGAGAGGAUCUACUUCCCUGACACAGUGGAGGAGUGGCUGGAGGAGAACGUCAACCCCUACCUGGACCAGCUGCGGGACCU